UGCCUCCCGCGCUCGCCUAGCGCUAGUAGUAACAGUGUCACCGCCGUGGAAAGACGCGUCGCGUGCCUUAUCAGUUCAAAACUCUUUACGUAAAAGUAUCGAUGUUUUUGACUAAAAUACGCCCCACACGUAAUCCGUGAUAGUGCAAACUGUGAACAAGUGCAUCAAAAUAGUGUAUCAACAAUUAACAGUGCGAAUUGUUUAGUUUUCUCGUGAUUUUUUGAACAAAAUCGCGGGCAAAACUUUGUAUUAACGGAACUGAAUCGUGUCGGAUUUUUCUGCUGAUAGUAUUCGGUUAUUCGUAUAAUGACUAUGUCGUGGUGACUACGGCGUGAUGAUGAGGCUCGACGCGCCCGAGAAGCAGCACAGAUACCACAAUCUGUUGCACGACGACCAUGCUAAUGAAAUGCUAGAAGGUGAAGGCGCUGGUCUGGCGGCGCGCGUAGCUGAGCUGGAAGUGCGAUGCGCGCGCCAGGCCGAGGAGUUGCUGUGUCUCCGGUCGACCCUGGCUGAUGCGCUGCGGAGGCUCAACGCCUUGGAGGGCAGAGCACCCACAGCGCCUACCACUGGUCAAAGGAACGGUGCUUAUACUGGUUCUACGGGCACACCAACUCGGGAGCUCCGACUGAGGCAGCCUUCAUACAGAGAGACUGCUAAGAGGACCUCCAGCUACGGCUCUAGCACAUCCUCAUUACCACAAAGACGCGGUCCUCAGCACCAGUCCACAGGGUCGCUGCAGUCGGACUCGCCAGCAUCAUCGUCGUCGCUGUCGCCGGCGCCGUCCCCCUCCCCGCGCGCCACCCCCGCCCCACACCACGUGCCGCAUCCGCCGCAGCCUUACAGAUCACGAAACAACUCUACGUCCAGCAACCAGAGCGUCUCGCCCGGGGUCAACAGCCUCACCAAGCGGUGGAACUCCACGGGCGACUUCAACGCGCAAGGCCUCCUGCCAAACUCCAGAUUUACAACCACAAAGUCGUUGCUAAACUUAUAUUCUAAGCCGUCACAAAAUGGACCGAUUUUGAAACAUGGCACCCACACAUGUCAAUACAACGAGGAGGAUGGGUCCAUGCGGAUGUACCUGCGAGGUAGACCGGUGGUGCUGUACGGGCCCAGUGAGCACGAGGGUCUGGAUCCUGCGAAGGUGGCCCCGCCGCCGCAGAGCAAACUCAAGCUAGAGUGGGCUUAUGGAUACAGAGGCAAGGACUGCCGCAGCAACCUCUACCUCCUACCAACCGGUGAGAUAGUGUACUUCGUGGCUGCUGUAGUGGUACUCUUCAACGUGGAGGAGCAGUGCCAGCGCCACUACACGGGGCACACGGACGACGUCAAAUGCAUAGCUAUACAUCCUAACAAGCUGGUCAUAGCUAGCGGCCAGUGUGCUGGACACGACCGACUUGAUGCCAGGCCCCACGUCCGCGUCUGGAACUCUGUAUCCCUAGCCACACUGGCCGUCCUCGGCGCUGGACACAUGGAGCGCGCGGUGGCCUGCAUCUCCUUCUCAAGGGCUGAUGGUGGAGCCCUACUGGCCGCAGUAGACGAUGGGCCAGACCACACGAUCUCUGUGUGGGAGUGGCAAAGACCUGAUAAGGGACAUUGUCUUGCUGAGACUAAGUGCUCAGUAGACACGGUAGUAGCAGCGGAGUUCCAUCCCCUGGAACGCAACCAGAUAGUGACAUGCGGCAAGAACCACAUCGCGUUCUGGACGUUAGACCAGACCAACGUGCUGUACAAGCGCAUGGGCGUCUUCGAGACCCGGGACAAGCCGAAAUACGUCACCUGCCUCGCGUUUAAUCAUAAUGGCGACGUCCUCUCCGGCGACUCAAACGGCAACAUAAUAGUCUGGGGUCGCGGCACCAACACAGUACAGAAGUUAGUUCGCGGCGUACACGACGGCGCCGUGUUCUCGCUGUGUGUGCGCAAGGACGGACAGGUCGUCACUGCCGGAGGAAAAGAUGGCAGAAUCGUACUCUUUGACCCUGAUAUGAACGCUACGGGAGUUGAGAAUGUUAUUGAAGGCCACUACGGCGGCGUGCGAGUGGUAGCGGAGGGUCGCGGAGACCAGCUGUUCGUGGGCACCACCAGGAACUGCAUUCUACACGGAGACCUGCAACUGGGCUUCUCGCCUGCUGUGCUUGGUCACGUGGACGAGCUGUGGGGGCUGGCAGCACACCCGACGCUGGCGCAGUUCGCGACGGCGGGCUGGGACAAGCUGCUGCAGCUGUGGGACGGCCUCUCCCACUGCACUGUCUGGAGCAAGGACAUCGAGGAGCGUGCGCAGUGCGUGUCGUGGUCGCGCGACGGCGGCGUGCUGUGCGUGGGCUGCCUGUCGGGGCGCUGGCGCGUGUACGAGCCGCACUCCAGAGACCUGCUCGCCGACCAUCAGGACGGCUGUGAGCCGAUCCAAACGAUCCAGUACUCCCCGGACAACUCACUGCUGGCGCUUGGCUCGCGGGAUAACUUCAUCUACGUGUACCGCGUCGAGGACAACGGCGCCCGGUACAGCCGGCUAGGAAAGUGCUUGUGCACGGAGAAAAAACGUAGAAGGGGUCACUCGAGCUACAUAACGCACUUGGACUGGUCUGAAGACAGUCAAUACAUAAGGAGCAAUUCCGGAGAUUAUGAACUGCUUUACUGGAACGCGACAACCUGCCGUCAGAUCCCGCAGGCCACAUCAAUGCGCGACGUGGUGUGGUCCACUAACACCUGCCCUAUCACCUUCACCACGGUCGGCGUCUGGCCGGAGACUGCUGAUGGCACUGACAUCAACUCCUGCACCAGGUCUAACGACAGUCGCCUGGUGGCUACCGGCGAUGAUUUCGGGAAAGUUAAGCUUUACGCUUACCCCGUCACACAACCUAAGUCGCUCUGCCACCAAUACGGCGGUCACUCGUCCCACGUGACGUGCGUUCGGUUCCUGGCGGAUGACUCGCGUCUCAUCUCUACCGGCGGACUGGACACUGCUGUACUGCAGUGGUGUGUUGAUUAAACACCACUACUUUAUAUUAUAUACGUGGGAGGCGUAAUAUGAGUAAAUGAUGUCCAACAACAGAAUUUAGGAAAAUGGGUGGUUUAGCUGGAAGAAAUAAAGGCAAUUUUAAAACAGCUCUUUCGUAGACCUAAAUGACAUGGUUUAAGAAAAGCCUACAUCAGAACAAUUGAAUCUUUGGAAUAUAAUGACAAUGGGAAAAAAUUACAUGUCUAUUCCGAAACUAAAUGGUAUAUGUAAAGUAUAUGAAUGUAAGUUUCUUCAACGCCUCCUGUGUAUAAAUUACUGCUUAAUCACGAGGAAGAUUUUAAGACCAACUUCAACGCCUCCUGUGUAUAAAUUACUGCUUAAUCACGAGGAAGAUUUUAAGACCAAUUUUUGUGAUGGAAACAAAAAUUAUUGUAUUCACACUAAAUAUUUUAUCAAAAAAUCAUUCACAUUGCUUUGUUUUUAAUUAUCACAAUGUUAAAGAUUGGUUUUACUAAAAAAGAAGUUUAGUAAAAUCAAUCCCUUAAAUAAAUAAUUAAUCUUGUCAUUUGAUAAUCGAUUUUAUUGCAAAACUCACAGAAUUUACAUUGUUUUAACACUUUGUGAACUGCGAUGCCUACAUCAUACGCCUAUUUAUUAAUAUAAUGUUCUGUUGAGAUACAAUUUGUGCUGUAAUCUAAUAUUUAUAAUUAUUUAAAAUGAAUGUUAUACACUUACUAGCGUUGCAUAGGUGCACGGUUGUGAUCAAAACGAGCUAAUUAGAGAAAGGUUAUUUUAUUUGUAAACAUUUGUUCAAAUAAAGAGAAACAAGGAGAAUAAAUGUUUACUAAUGAAUAAAAUAUUACGAAUCCGUCGAUUUUAAAACAGUAAAUGUAGCGUGUAUGGCAACACCACUAACGUUUUUAACGAGUUUUACACACUUGCAACACUGUGUAGUUUAUUAUUAUGUGAUUGAGCUUUUUGGCGCGUAAUUUUAAUAUUUUAGGCAUAAUAUAAUUAUGUACACAUAUUUUACAUAAUUUUAAGUUAUGAUAAGCAAAUUAAUACAAAUUAGAUUUAUUUUUAUUUUAAGAUCUGCGUUUUUUUUAAAUCAAUAUCAAGCUGUUUGAAUAUUUUAAUAAAUGAGCGACAUCUUUGCGGUCGACGGCUAUUUUUUAUGUUUUAAUCAAAACGGUUUUAUUUUUCUUAGUUUUAACAAUACAAAAAGUUAUGUUGAUGCAGCUUACAGUACAAAGAAAAGCUUAACUCUUGCUCUGAUAUAGUAAGCUAAUAUUUCUUGGCACUAAUAUACGAAACAUUAAAUAAUUCCAGUAAAACAUUCCAGGAGCAAGCCUAACAUAGUUUUAUUUAAGUAUUUCAGUAGGAUCGUAAGGUUUAGUAGCCUAGUCACUGCGUCAUCCGCAUCGGUGUAAUAUCUCACGAAUGUAGCACUAAUGUUAUUGUAUUUUGUAAAUAUAUUGUACGACGGUACGCCGUCUUCAUUGUGCCUCCAAAUAAAUCGAGUAUUUAAA